AAAUAUAAAUGGAAUUCUACACUUUGGAAAGAAGAAAAACGAAUGAACGAAAAAAACAUAAAAAAUAAAAUGUAAAACUGAAAAAUACAAAAAAAAAAUGUAUAGAAAUCGUGUUGUGUGAAAUGGGAAUACGAUGGAUGGUUUUUUGGUAUGGUUUUGGUUGGGUUGGAUACUGCUUUUUUAUUGUUUUUGGUUUUGCUUUAAGCUGUGGCUGCUGUUACUUACUAAUGUUGUUGUUGUUGUUGCUUUUUUAUAUGGUGGUUGAUUACUAUAAUGAUGUUUGUUUGUGUAGUUGUAGUAGUAUGUAGUUGUUGUUUUGUUUAGUGCUGUGUUGUUUUUUUAAGAGGAUUUACACUUUGCUCUAAUGUAGAGUGGUGGAUUGUAGGACGGCCAGCAACAAUAACAACAACAUACAAACGACAUUAGGCAAAGUGGAAAGAAAAAACAACUCAACUUGUACACGACGACAAAAUAAAAAAAAACAACGUUGACGAUGAUGAUGACGAAGAAGAAGAAGAGACGAAUCCACUAGUACGUUACGAUUUGUUUUUGGCCUACGCGAUCAAUGAGGAGCAAGAGGACUGCUCAGUCGUGGUAGCAGUGUCGUAAAUAAGAGUUCGUCGUUUGUAUUUUGUAUUUCGAUCGAACGGAAAACUUAAAUUAAUAAAAAAAAAAAUUAUUUCAAAUAAAAACAAGUGUUAAAUGUCACUCUGCUUAACGAAGAAAAAAAGGAAAAUACCUCUUUAUUAAACAAUUAAAUUUAUUUGCUGAAAUAGUUAAUAGCUAUUUGAAAGCAAAAUUGUUAAGAAAAAAGAGUUGUUGAGAAUUAUGUUAUAAGUUGGCAAAGCGUAAAUAUUUCAACACAUUCAAGCUAAAAAUUACAAAAAGUUUGAAAAAUAUUGCAACACCCAAAUUCCAAGGAUUACAAAUCAACCAUAAAUAAAUACUUUAAAAGUUUUGAGUUGUUUAUUAUAACAAACAACUAAAACGGCUUCCAAAUGAAGAUGGCUUCACAGAGAUUUUGUUUACGAUGGAACAACCAUCAGAGUAAUCUACUCUCGGUCUUUGAUCAGCUACUACAUGCCGAAACUUUCACCGAUGUCACAUUGGCCGUAGAUGGUCAAUAUCUAAAAGCACACAAAAUGGUACUUUCCGCCUGCAGUCCCUACUUUAAUGCUUUAUUCCUCAAUCAUCCCGAAAAGCAUCCCAUUGUUAUAUUAAAAGAUGUACCCUAUGCCGAUAUGAAAUCCCUGUUGGAUUUCAUGUAUCGCGGUGAAGUUUCGGUCGAUCAAGAACGUCUUACCGCCUUCUUAAGAGUGGCCGAAAGCUUACGCAUUAAAGGUUUGACAGAGGUUAAUGAUGAUAAGCCCUCAAAUUCAGAACCCACACCCCAACCACCACAAUUGCAGCGCAUACAACCGUAUACGGUGCAACAGCAACAGCGUCAUAAAUCCCAUCAAUCGUCCUCAAUGAAUAGCAGUAAUAGUAAUAAUGCGCAAAAUUCUGCAUCACAACAGCAACAACAUCAACAGCAGCAACAGCAAUUGCAGCAACAACAGCAGCAAUCUUUGCUUAGCUCUGCCUUGGCACAAAUGCCCAAAAGAAAACGUGGCAGGCCACGUAAAUUAUCGGGCAGUGAUGAUGGCGAUUAUGAUGAAUUCGAUGGUGAGAUGGGCGAUGGUAAAAUGUGCAAUGAUUCUUACUCCGGCAACGAUGAUGGCUCCGAUGACAAUCAAAGAGAUUCUGGCAAUAAUGAUGACAUGAAUGAAAGUCGCGACUCUGUAUCACCCUCCAAGAAAUCUAAACAACAACUUAAGGACAUCAGAAAUCAACAGCAACAAGACGACAACAGCACUUCCGUACAUCUUAUAACCAGUACUCCGGAAUUAUCACAGAGAUUAUUUGGUGUUAACAAAAACAACUUUAACAAUACCACUGCAAUACCAAUUACCACAACAACUGCUUCCACAAACAACAGCAACAGUACAUUGAUUUCGCUACAAGCUCAAACACAGAACACUACCGCAACUAAAAUCGCAUCUAUAGAAUUCAAUGAAGCCUUGACAGCACAUUUGCCCACCGUAUUAGGUUUGAAAAUUAAAAGCAAUUUGCAAAAUGCCACACAGACUGCUGGACAGCAACAACAACAGCAGCAGCAACAACUGCAACAACAACAGCAUGCUCAGCAACAACAGCAGCAGCAACAAAUAUCAACAGUGCCAAUUUCCACAAAUCCUAACUCUCUAUUGAAACAACAACUACGGGCUGGUCUUAAAGAGUUAAUCGAUGUAACCAUCACAAAUGCCACCACCACCAAUACAUUGAGCCAACAAACCGCCCCUAGCUCUACAAAUGCCAAUCACUUGGAAACCCAAGAGGCCUGCUCCGCCUUACAAUCACUGGCCAAUGUAGCCGAACGCCAGGCUCAAAAUAAUAUACAACCGCCCUCAGCCAAUAAUUUACAUCAUCAAUUCCUCUUGCACAUGGCCGCCAAUCCCAUACUCAAGUCCAGCGGUGAAUUCUUUCACCAACAAAACGCUUUGUUAAUGAGAGAAGAAGAACAUAAUUUGGAUUUGUUAAUGGACCAGAGUGACAAAUCCGAUCCGGAGAUGUUGACACUGGCCGAUGAAAAUGCCGGCUUAGACUACAGCACUGGCAAUGAGACGGGCGGUGGCAAUCAAACCGGCUGCAAUGAACAGCUUGAGAGUUCGGCCAAUUCGGGAAAUAAUAACAAUACCGGUGGAUCCAACAAUACAACACCACGUGCUAAAAAUUCCUCGAACAAACCCGUACAGCGCAGGCGCAUACGGCGUAAGGCUCAGUCCUCUUUGGAUGAUCAGGCUGAACAAUUGACUGAAAUGUCCGUUAGAGGUUUAGAUCUCUUCCGUUAUGCCAGUAUUAAUGAGGGCGUCUAUCAGUGUACCGAAUGUGCCAAGGAAAAUAUGCAAAAAACCUUUAAGAACAAAUACAGCUUUCAGCGACAUGCCUUCCUCUACCACGAGGGCAAACAUCGCAAAGUCUUCCCCUGCCCCCUGUGUGGCAAGGAGUUCUCGCGACCCGACAAAAUGAAAAAUCACAUGAAAAUGACUCAUGAAUCGUUUGUGGCCAAGGAAAUACAAAACUUUAAUCCCUUAAAUUACUUAAUAACUGCUGCCGGAGAAAUACAAGCUUCCUUUAACGCACCCAACAACAAUACACAAACUCAAAGCAAUGUGGUGAAUACACCACAACCAUUAUUAAAUCAACUACAAGCCAAUAAUCCCGCUUUAAGUAUAAUGAUCAAUAAUAAUGAUAACAAUGAAGAGGGUCUAAAUUUAACACAACAACAACAAAAGCAGCAGCAGCAACAAGAAAAUCUUAAUGAUUUUAAUUUACACAAACCGUUGAAAUUUCCCACUGAUAUUGAAAUAAAAAAUGAAAUUGUAAUCUCACCAUCACCCUCACCACCACCAACAACAUCAUCGGCGAAUACUGCAAAUUUUAGCAGUACCACCAUCUCCACACCCAUUUCCUUAGCUGAGACUCUUUCAUUGCUCAAAACUUCUGUACAAACAACAACAACCACAGCACAAUUAAACGCCCAGAGAUUAGAAGAGGUGAAAUAAGGAGAGUAGUCAUUCACUUAUAUAUAAUUGAAUACAUAAAUGUGCAACGCAAUUGCUGGGCAGGUGUUUCCCUUUUUUUAUCCACUUGCCUGGGCAAUUGUGGGCACAGCACAAAAACACAAAAGACUUGGUAAUUUUUUAAUUAU